AUGGCUAGAAAAAGAAAAGAUAUUGCUGAGAAAAAGGAGGAUAUAACAGCAAGAUCAACAGCUGCCAUUUUUAGAAAUCUAGAUUCAGAAAACCCAGUUUUAGAAGAGGAAGAAAAGAUAGAAGAACAAGUUUCACCAAAUGAACCGUUAGGAGAUCCUCAAGAUGAUAUUAAAAAUGCAUCUUUUCCAUUCAAUUACUUAUUCAGGUUUCAAGACUAUUUGAAUGAACAUCUUGAUUUAUUAAAAUCAGCUCAAUUAUUAGUAUUUGGAUUUUUCAUUCAAUUAAUUUAUUUAAGACAAGAUAAAUUUGAUCAUGCUAAAUCUUCAUUACCAAUGAUGUUAUUUAGUUGUGCGGGAGUAUUAUCUUGUACUGUAUUAAGUAUUGUAAAAAGUAAAGAAGAUAAAAUACACAUACCUGAUUUCAAUUAUUUUUACAGUAUAUUAUUACCAUCAUUAUUUAAUAUAGUUUAUUAUAAUCCAAGUUGGAUCUUAAUUAAUAAUUCAUUGAAUUAUUUUAUUGUUGAUAAAAUGAAUUCAAUUUUUAAUUUAGUUUCCAGCAUUAUAUUUUUUGAAAUUUAUAAAGGUGAAUCAGAUAAAAUUAUCCCCACGGUUCAGUUUUUACAAAUAUCAGCUGCUCAUUUCUUUUUCAGUUAUAUUCUUCAUUCAAUAAACAAUGGACAUGUACAAAGUGAGUCAGGAGCUAAUUCAGGAGAAGGAGAAGAUACUAAUUUAAUUGGGGAAAAGUCUUUGAAAAAUUCAGAAAUACAAUUAGUUUGUUUAUUGUUAAUCAAUAUUAUUUUUAAUCCAUCAAUCACCAAAGAUGCCAUUCCAUUACAAAUUUUUCAAAAACUUUUGAUAAGUUUGAUACUUACUGCAUUUUUGGCAUAUCCUGUUUAUUCAUACUUACCAGGAUUAUUAAACAUUGGUUUAUUCGGUGCAAUUUUUAGCUUUUUAACAAUAUUUCAAUUGAAUAAUAUACUUAAUGAAAAUGCUUUGGUUUGGUUAUAUGAAUAUGUUACGAAUGAUCCUGAAAGAUUAAAUAUAUUAAAAACUUGGAUACUACUGGCUACAAUUAUUAUCCCAUUGGUAUUUUAUUUUGCAGACUAUUUUAGUUUAAAUACAAGAAGAAAAAUUUGGCACUUGGCUAUAAUAAUUGCAUUGACUUUUAGUAAUGAUAUACUAUUUGGUCAAGUAGAAUUUACAUUAAUUGCAUUACUUGGUAUGAUCAUAGUGUUUUUAAUUAUUGAAUUUAUUAGAUACAAUGAAGUUAGUUUUAUUGGAACUUACUUAACUAAUUUAUUAAUCAAAUUUCAAGAUACAAAAGAUUUGGGUCCAUUAAAUUUAUCUUACAUAUAUUUAUUAACUGGUGUUACUAUUCCAAUAGCUUAUGAUUAUCUUGCACAUAAAAAUCAAGUAACUAUUAUUAGAUAUAUUGGUCUUAUAGCUUUGGGAAUUGGUGAUUCAUUUGCUUCAAUAAUUGGUAAAAGAUUUGGAACUUUCAAAUGGAAAGGUAGUGAAAAAUCUGUACAAGGUACAAUUGCAUUUAUUUUAACUUCAUUUAUUGCCAUUAAUGUAGUGGAAUACUAUAAUCGUAAUAACAAGCAUUAUAUACCAAUUAAAAAUUGGGAAAAUGCAUUAGUUUCAAUAAUAUUAGGUGGUGUUCUUGAAGGUACAUCAAAUAUUAAUGACAAUUAUUUAAUUCCUACUUUUAUUCCUAUUGCAUUUGACUUGUUAAAUAGAUGCUACUAA